CUAGGUGCGGUCGGCGGAGUGUGUGCGCUCGCUAACGUGCUGGGCCGGGAGCUGUGUGAGUUGGAGCGUCUGUGUGUGUCCGGUCGCUGGGAGGAAGCCAGAGCCCUUCAGCAGCGUCUCAUCGAGCCCAACGCCGCCGUGACCAGGAAGUUGGGAGUUCCCGCCCUCAAGCAGGCGAUGGAGUGGUUUGGUUUCCACGGCGGUGCCUGUCGAUCACCCCUGCAGCCGCUCACAGAGGCCGAGGCUCAGCAGCUGAGGCGGGACUUCUCCACCGACGGCUGGCUGUGAGGUGACACGGGCAGGGUGUGUGGGCGUGUGUGUGUGUGUGUGUCUUCACUUUACCUGGAAACUGUCAGUGUGACGUGGUACGGAGGGGGAACACAGCAAGACAAUCCAUCUGUUGCUGCCUCACAUAAAAAUACCACAAACCAGGUUCAUAUAUAGUGCAUUAUAUAAUUAAGCUUUGUCUCAAAAAUACUACAGUCGACUGUUUAAUGUCACAUAAAAAAAACAAAAAAAAUGCAAACAUAUUAAUACAACUUCUUUCUGAAGUAACAUAAAAAACAAGCAUUAAAAUAAAAUAAAAGCUACGGAUUACAUGACAUAUAUCAAUAAGUUUGGGUAACAACACAUCCAUGAAGGUCAAAUCAAGGUCAACUAUUACAGCCAAAUGUUGAAAACAAUCUUAAAAAACAACUUGUUCUUUUUUUCAUUAAUUCAUCUGUUUACACUCAAAGAAAUCGCUGUCGUACCAUCAAGCUGCUUCUCUGCUGCAUUUCAGUAUCAUACAUACAGCACAUAUCAAAAUUUACUAAAUUGAAAAGUUAGAAAAAUGUUGUAUAUGCACUUUUUUUCCAACAAUAAAAUUGCAUAUUAUUUAAA